AUGACCCUGUCCUCACUGGUCCUGGCCGUGACGUUUCUGGUGCCUUACCUGGUCAUAGAUGGCACGGAAGUGUGCUCUGGAGGUCCCGGUAUCCCAGGAACUCCUGGUACUCCAGGUCUGCCUGGAAGAGAUGGUCGAGAUGGUGUCAAAGGAGACCCUGGGCCACCAGGCCCCAUGGGACCCCCUGGAGGCAUGCCCGGGCUCCCUGGAAGGGAUGGACUGACUGGGGCUCCUGGAAGUGUGGGUGAACGAGGUGAAAAGGGUGAAAAGGGUGAUAUGGGACCUCCAGGGCUGCCUGCUUAUUUAGAUGAAGAGUUACAGUCUGUACUUCAGGACUUCAGACAGCACAUCCUGCAGUCAAUGGGAGUGCUCAUCUUGCAAGGCACCAUGUUGCAGGUGGGAGAGAAGGUCUUUUCUACAAAUGGUCAGUCAAUGAAUUUCCAGAAGAUCAAUGAGACAUGUGCCAAGGCUGGUGGCAGUGUUGCCACCCCAAGAAAUGCAGAGGAGAAUUCUGCUAUCAUGAGCCUUGUGCAGAAGUACAACGCAUAUGCCUACCUAGGCCUGUCAGAAGGGAAGACACCAGGGAAAUUCUACUACCUCAAUGGAAGUGCAGUGGAGUAUACCAACUGGUACUCAGGGGAGCCUGCGGGUAAAGGGCGGGAGCCUUGUGUGGAGAUGUACAAAGAUGGCACCUGGAAUGACAGAAGCUGUCUGCAGUACCGCCUUGCUGUCUGUGAGUUCUGA